AAAAGAAAAACGCUUUUGAUUCAUAACCCUCCUAUCACAUUCUCAUAUUCUAAGUACAGUCACAGCAACCACCUCUAAAAAAAAAAAAAAACACUCGCUGCAUUUGUAAUUUGAGUGACCAUUCUCUCUCUCUCUCUGGCUCUCUCUCUCUGCGUAUCGCUUUGAGGGGCGUCGCAGAGAGAGAUCGGUGCUUAGACUUUAGUUUUUGGUUUGUAUUGUAUUUGUAGUUGCACUCUUUAGUUGAAAAUUCAAAGCAAGGAAAAGGAAAUGGCGUUUACAAGGAUUUCAUUGGGAGUUGUUGCUUUUUUGGUUCUCCUUUUCGCUAUUUUCUUGCCUUCCGUUCACCCUCAAAACCUCGCUCCAGCUCCUGCCCCUACCAGUGACGGGACAUCAAUUGACCAAGGUAUUGCGUAUGUGUUGAUGGCGGUGGCUUUGGUGCUCACAUACCUUAUCCACUCUGCGGACAUGUCCUAAAGCUUUUAAAUUUCACAUGGAAUUGCCAGGCUGAGAAUGGGUUUUUGAGGGAUGAGUUUGAAAAUGCAAUGGCAAAUGUAAUGUUGGGGGAAUUUAGGUAUUGAGAAAGGCGUUUCUAGGUGGGGCUGGUGUUUGUGUUCGUGUUUGUGUGUGUGUGUCUGUGUGAGAGAAACUGUUGUUGGAUGGGUCUGGCUGUGUAUGUAGUUUUCUGACAUUCAACAUAUUGUUGUUGGGGAUAGUGGCUGCUGUUAAUGUUAUUAUUCAAUUUGGUGGCAGUCUAA